UUGCCAGCGACUACAGCACUGCCCCUUUCUUAGACAACACACAGACACCUGAGAGCACCUGCCGAGCGUAGACAAGUCUCCUGAAACUGUAAAUACAAGCAGCCCUGAGAGGGGGAAAAAAAGGUCAACAAGAACAGUUUUUUUAGGUAUGGCGUCUACGGUGAAUCUCCACGAGAAGCACUUCCUGUGCUCCCUGUGCAGAAACAUCUUCUGCAACCCCGUCACCACACCGUGCGGACACAGCUUCUGCGUGUCCUGCCUCUCCCAGUUCUGGUCGCGACACCAGUCCAGAUACUGUCCGGAGUGCAGGCGGCUGUUCCCCGACAGGCCUAACCUCAGUGUCAACCACAUCCUGGCAAAUGUGGCGGAAACCUACAAAAAAAAUCGACCCCAGAAACCCCCCGAUGAAGAGCUGGUUGUGGAUGUCACACAAAUGAUUCAAGAAAGGCUGCAGAAGAUAGACCGGCUAAAAUAUUCUCUGGACAUUCAAAAGAGUUCUUACCUCAGAGAGGUGCGAGAGAGCCAGAAGAUCUUCUCCGUCCUCGUAAGCGCCAUGGAGAAGACCCACAAAGCAGUUGUUUCUGGAAUUGAGGAGAAACAAAAAGAGGAGGAGAAGAGAGUGGAUGCUUUGAUCAAGGAGAUCCAGCAGGAGAUCCAGGAGCUGAAGGAGGAGACGAGUCAGACGGAUCUCCGGAUCUCUGCCAGCCAAAGUGAUGACGUGAAGCAGGUCGCGGUGACCUCGGAGAUGAAGGACUGGUCUAAGGUUACCGUGGAAACCGACCCUUGUAUUGGGGUCACCAGAAGAGCUCUGUCAGAGAUCCUGGAGAAGACCAAAGCAGAAGUCAACAGACUUGCUAAAGCUGAACUAAAGAGAGUAGAAAAGUAUUCAGUGGACGUCAACCUCAGUGCUAAAACCGCACACCCCUCCCUGUUUGUGUCAGACGACAGAAAGCAGGUGAGGCUCACGGAUAAGCUCCAGGAGGUACCGGACAACCCCAAACGCUUCGACCGCGUGGCCGACGUUCUGGCCAAGGAGAGCUUUAGCAGUGGGAGGUGCUACUGGGAGGUGGAAGUGGGGGAGAAAAUUGAGUGGAAGCUGGGAGUUGCCAGACAAUCCAUAAACAGGAAGGGCAAGUUCACCAUCUGCCCCGCUAACGGCUUCUGGAUUCUGAGCUUGAAGGCUGGAGGCCAGUACAUAGCGAACACCUCUCCAGCCAGUCUGGUGGCUCUGGAGCACCGGCCCAGGAGGGUGGGAGUUUUUUUGGAUUACGCCGAAGGCCGAGUGUCCUUCUUCUGCGCAGACACGGGGAUCCACAUUUACACUUUCACAGAUAAGUUCAGCGACAGGCUUCAUCCUCUCUUCAGUCCCGGUCGACUGCAUGGAGGGAGGAACGCAGCUCCUCUAAUGAUCAGUUCAAGUUUCUGCAGCAUCUGAGCCCAAAAAUGCUUCUGUU